AUGUACCAUCGAAUGUAUCUUCGUCGCUGUUCUAUGUCAAGUAUAAGUGAAGAAUCUGAAACAGGUGAUGAUGAUCUUCUUGAUGAAGAAUUUGUUAUAUGUAAUGAUGACAAUAAUGAAGAAAAAAGUCAGUCACCAACAAAUAUAUCUGUUGAAAAUUGUCUUGGUGAUUUAAAUAGUUUCAAAAAAGAAAUCCGAGAAGCUUACGAAGAAUUGUCUACAUUAGAACGACAAGCUCAAAAUACAACAUCAACAUCACCAACGAUUUUGACUAUGGAAAAAGGAGAUGAUCUUGACAUAUUACUUGAACAACUUCACACACUUGAACAACGAUUAGAUCAACCACAAAUGUUUCACAAUGAAUCUAAUCAUCGUAAUAAAAAGACAAUUUCACCAAAUAUAGUCGCACAAUUUGAUGAACUUGAUCAAGCACUGGCUACAUUAACAAGUACAUUAAAUAAUGUAGAAAUUGAAUUAGGAGAUUCAGGAAAUAGCUCAUCAUCAUCAGCAGCUAGUGAUUCAACAACGAUUCUUCAUCGUCAACAACAAGAUGUAAAUGAUGAUAAAAAUCGUGAUAUUGAAGGUGAUGAACAUUUUUCUGAUAGUGGUUUAUCACAAUCUACUGAUUCUAUAAGUUUACCAUAUAAACAACGAUCACAAUUGAGAACACAUAGUCAAAUAUCUAAUAUUUCUAGUGCUUUUUCAUGUGAUGCAUUGAAGAAUCCUAUUGGAGAUAGUAAAAUUCGUUUAGCAUUAGAAAAAAUGCAUGAAGCAAAUAUUAAAAAAAUGUUUGUUAAAAUACAUAAUGAAGAUAAAUCAACGAAAAAUAUUCUCAUCGAUGAAACAAUGUCAAUUUAUGAUAUAAUUGUUUUACUUCUACAUAAAUAUCGUUUAAAUCCAACAUAUAAUUAUACACUUGUUGAAGAUUUACCUGAUUUACAUAUCUAUCGUAUAUUUGAAGAUCAUCAAAAUUUAAUAAAUGAUGCUAUUGUUUAUUGGUCACGUGAUACUAAUAAUCGUAUAUGUUUUCAACAACAUGAAAGUAAAUAUGCUAUGUUUAAUGAACCAAAGAAAUUUUUUUCUCUCAAAGAAAAUAAUUCCAAUAAUAUCCUAGUUGAUUAUAUAUCAUCAAAUACAAUUGUUUUACCUGAUGAUAUAACAAGUAUUUUAUAUAUGAAAGAUAAAAAUCGAAAACUUUGGAAAAAAUAUACAUGUGUUUUACGUCAAUCAGGUAUAUAUCAAAUGCCAAAAUCUUCAUCUUCAAAACGUGAUCUUAUUUGUUUAUUAAAAUUUGAAUCAAAUAUGCAACUAUAUUAUGCAAAUAAUUGGUUUGAAUCAUUACGUUCUCCAACUCAAUAUGGUUUUGCACUUAAAUAUGCACAUAUACAAAAAAAAUCAAAUAAAUAUAUCCAUUACUUAUGUACAAAUACAUAUAAUGAAUGUCAACGAUGGAUAGAUGGUAUUCGAAUUAUACAACAUGGUAUUCAGUUAUAUAAAAAUUAUCAACGAAUGAAAAAAGUUAUUGAUGAUGGACCUGAUCAACUUGCAAAAAAUUUACCUAAUCAACAUUAUUUUAAUUUUAUACAAUCAAAUACAUCAUCAUUUAUGUCUGAAUCAUUUCCAGCUAUUUCAUUACCCAUUAAUCAUAUUAUUUCGGAUGUAUCGAAAUCAUUUAGUGAAUUUGGAAAUAUUUCAUCGAUACAUAAUUUUAAAUCAUUGGAUCGUCUUAAAACAACGAAAACAAAUUUUAUUCGUUCAUCAUCAUUUCAUGAUAGUUUACGUCGUGCAAAUAGAACUGAUCAAAAAAUUUUACGUACAUAUUCAAUAUCACCCCCAAAUAGUUCACCAACAAAACCUACUGAUGUAGGUCUUAAACGAUCGAAAUCAUCGAAAGAAAUUACAUUAAAAUCAACUCCAUCACAACGUUCAAAAACAUCAAAUAAAAAAGAACAUAAUGAUACAACGAAAAGUUCAUCAACAGCAUCUAUUAUUCCUUUUAUCAAUCAAUGUAUACAUACAGAAAGAACACCACGUCGUUCAAAAUCACCUUUACCUUUACCUAAAAGACCUCCGCCACCUCUUCCAAAAAAAUUAUCAUCACCUCGAACAACUGUUGAUAAUCAUAUAUAUGAUUCAUUUCAAGAUAGUCCAUCAUUAACAACUAAUUAUCGACAAACAUUUACAUCGAGAAAAACUCCUAUUGAUGAUAAACGAACAGUAUGUCAACCACGUUUACCACCUAUGAAAGUAACAGAACUGUAA